CCCGGCUCUAUAGACACUCGUUCUUCGUCGUUAACAAUUCGGAGAUGAUUCCGUUUCCUCUGUUACCGACGCCGAUAGAAACCAACUACAGAGCUUGCACCAUUCCUUAUAGAUUCCCUUCUGAUAAUCUCAAGAAAGCCACUCCUACUGAAAUCUCGUGGAUCAACGUCUUCGCUAAUUCCAUCCCUUCUUUCAAGUUCAUUCUCUCUCUCUUCCAACUUUGGAAACGAGCAGAGAGCGAUAUCACUGUUCCAGAUGCUCCAACUAGAGCUAAAAUAUUUGCAGAGAGAUAUGCGGGAAUUCUUGAAGAUUGGAAGAAAGAUCCAGAGAGCAAUGGCGGGCCACCAGAUGGCAUUAUUCGCGGCCGAGUUCGUGAGCAUUUACUCAGAGAGUUAGGAUUUAGGGACAUAUUCAAGAAAGUUAAGGAUGAGGAGAAUGCAAAGGCUAUAUCACUAUUUCCUGAAGUUGUUAGUCUGAGUGAUGCUAUUGAAGAUGACGGAAAACGGUUAGAGAAUUUGGUGAGAGGGAUAUUUGCUGGAAACAUCUUUGAUCUAGGUUCUGCACAGCUUGCUGAGGUUUUCUCAAGGGAUGGCAUAUCUUUCUUGGCUACCUGUCAAAACUUGGUUCCACGACCUUGGGUCAUUGAUGACUUGGACAACUUCCAAGCCAAAUGGAUCAAGAAGCCUUGGAAGAAGGCAGUGAUUUUUGUUGAUAAUUCUGGUGCAGACAUAAUUUUGGGUAUUUUGCCGUUUGCAAGAGAGCUGCUCCGUCGAGGAACUCAGGUGGUGCUGGCUGCUAACGAGCUGCCAGCUAUCAACGAUGUAACAUAUACCGAGCUUACAGAUAUCGUGUCGCAGUUGAAGGAUGGAAAUGAAUUGAUAGGCGUUGACACUUCAAAGCUUCUGAUUGCAAAUUCAGGGAAUGAUUUAGCGGUUAUCGAUCUCUCAAGAGUAUCACAUGAGCUUGCUUACCUUUCAUCUGAUGCAGACUUAGUCAUCCUAGAAGGCAUGGGUCGUGGGAUCGAGACAAACCUUUAUGCUCAGUUCAAGUGUGAUUCUCUCAAGAUCGGAAUGGUGAAGCAUGUUGAAGUAGCACAGUUUCUCGGAGGACGACUUUACGACUGUGUCUUUAAAUACAAUGAAGUUCAGAGUUAAUACAUUUCAAUAAUAUUCACUAUGACUU